AUGGAUGAUUUCGGUCCGCCCCGGUCCCCGGAUACGAAUCUUACGAAGAACAUGCACAAGCUUGCCGCUAUCCUCGGUAUUGUGUCCCUGUUCUGGAUAGCAUUGCUAUCGUUGCUGGAAGCCAAACCGAAAAUUGGUCCAACACCAUCGUGGUUCCACGUCUAUAACACAUCGUCACUAGUUGGAUGGGCCACCUGGGUGGUCAAAUUCACCAUGAUCGAUUCUAAUCGAGAGAACACCCCUACUCGGAACAAGCCCCACGAAGCAUGGAAUCUUCUCCAUAUCGCACCGAUAGCUCUCCUCAAUUUCACCGUAUACAAGAGUUUGUCGGUCAAGGAUAAGGCGCAACUCUGGUUUUUCGCUUUGAUGGUAUUUCGAUACUACCGUACUGUCGUCACCAGAUUCUUCUAUUCUGGAUACAGGGUAGCUAAACCGAGAUCUGGAGGAUCCAAGUUCGAACCAAAACACUGUACGGUCAUUGUGCCGACAGUUGGCCCUGGAGACAAACCGAAGAGGUUCGCAACGAUGGCUAGAGCGAUCAUCCUCAACAAGCCAGCGCGUCUGAUCUUCUCCGCUAACAACGACAAGGCUAAAGUGGAUAUCGGAAAUGUGAUGAGGGAAUUGCAAUCGGACCUCGCAAAAGAGAAGAUAAAGAUAUCCCUACCAGGAGAUAAAGAUGUUCCAAUGGACGUAGAUACAAGAGUCGAAUGGACACACGUCAAUCACUCCAACAAACGCAGACAGACUUGUCAGGCCAUCGGAAAGGUGAACCAGGAGGGAAAGAAUCGUGUAAUGACGGGUGUUAUCGCUAUGGUCGACGAUACUGCGAUCUGGCAUGAGAAACUCUUGGAAGCGACUCUCCCAGCUUUCGAUGACCCAGAAGUCGGCCUCGUCGGUACGCACAAGUCGGUGACAUACGACCGCCCCAAUUACAAGCCUGAAAAGAUGAGCAAAUUGGGUUACUAUAAGAAAUGGUAUUGGGCGGGCAUGUGGAACACUAUCGGUGCGCUAUACCUUAUGCGCCACAGCUACGAGACAGAGGCAUCUAACACCGCUGAUGGUGGGGUCUUUGCCGUGUCUGGUCGAACCAUGCUCAUCUUGGCCGAGAUAGUACAAGAAGAAACGUUCAAAGAGGAGUUUGAGAACGAGUACGUUGGAGAGAUCGUCUUCACAUGGUUGACAUGGCUUACCAGUUGGCAUGUCCCGUUAGUAGGGUAUUUACUCGCUGGGUGCAAAUCUAUUGGCCUAACAAAAAAGGGAGUCGGGCCAUUACUUGCCGAUGACGACAAUUUCAUCACGCGGUGGGUCAUCAAACAUGGGUAUAGCAUGAAGAUCCAGUCUUCGCCUGAAGCAACCAUGUCCACGUCGCUGGGAAACGUGAAAAGAUCCAAAUUCAUAGACCAGUGCAAACGCUGGAGUCGGACAACCUUUCGACAAAACCCAAUAGCGCUCUUCAUCGACCGAACCAUCUGGUGGAAAUGGCCAAUCUCGGUGUGGACUGUGUACUUCCCGUGGAUGUACAACGGGGCUCUGUUCUGGGAUGCUGCGGCAGUCUUCACCUUUUGGUACUCCAGCCUCUAUCUCGACUCCCCGAGCGGCAAUACGCGAUUUUGUUGCCUGAUGCUCUUCAUGUGGUUCGCCAAACUCAACAAGACCUGGCCAUGGUUUUGGGAACAUCCUUGGGAUUUCGUGCUGUACUUUAUCAUCCCAGUCUAUCCUUUGUUCACUUACUUCCACACCUUGCUCAAGUUCGCAACAGCGAUCACUUGCUGGAACAACGAAUGGUCUGGACGAGAUUUGAAGAAGGCAGAAGAAUUGGCAGGAUCGGUGACACCAGGGAAGGCAGCAGAAGCAGCAGAAGCAGCGAAAAGGCGAAAGAAAAGACUCGCGAAAAAGUAG